CAAAAUUGUCUUCAAAAUUAUGUAACGCGGUAUACCUGUGUGUUACCCGGCAUUCCUCGCGGCCUCGUAAACAGUGUCUGCCAUUUUGAAGAAGAAUCGAUCCUUUACGCAAAAACGUAUUGAAGUGAUUUUUUUAAAUCGUAAAAAAUCUAAAAUCAAAACAAUUACAUCGACAUACCUUAAAUAGAUAGCAAUUCUAGCAUUAGCGAUAUGUUUGGGGUGUCUUUGAGACGAAAUCUUUGUUCUGGAAAGCCAGUUUUCUCUCUUACCUGGUCGAGCUCCACGAGUUCGCGUACAACUUCUUCGUAUUCUUCAACACCUGAGCUACAGAAAUACCUCAAAAAACUGAAACUAGGACGAUUUGAGUGCUUCGAGAAGAGAAUCCAGAAAGAACCGUGUGUAGAGAUCCUUAGGAAUCUGCAUGAAGAGUUGGAUGUUGUACAUGUACGAAAGAGGCAGCCGCAUGUGUUGUACUUGAGAACGGAGCUACUUCUACAGCGAAUUAGCUUUCUAAAACCUAUUGGAAUAACAUCAAGACAAAAGAGAAAAAUAAUCGAACGUAAUCCUCCAGCUUUGGUCUUUGAUUUUGAUCCCAAUAGAGCUGACGGCAGUAGAGUUGGCUAUGUGAGGGGGGUUGUGAGAAACAGGACAGACAGACAAGAAGUCUUGACCCAUAUCCUUCAUCCUUGUUCAUCGUUGAUUGUAAUGAGAUCAUUUGAUCUGAGAAAUCGUGUGGAGUUUAUUCAAGAACAGCUCGGCAUGGCUCAAUCUACUCUUCUACAGUUUCUCCUCAACAUGCCUUGUUUCCUUCUACAUAACAAGUCAGCCAUGCUGGAGGACUUCCAUUUCAUUCACAAGCAUGUCUUGCCUCAAGGCUUUGAUCUUGAUCACCAUACUGCUGAAUUAUACCCUCUAGUGUAUGCACCAAGUGAUAACAUACACCCAUCGAUAUUCACUACAGCAGCCAAUGAGAACACAGCAAGUGCUUUACCUGUUUUGAAACUAAGUGACGUUCUUGAUUAUUCUUACAAAGAAAAUCACGGAAAGGGAGAACCGGAGGAUUUAGUAGAGUUUUUGACUCAGGCAGAGCUACGAGAGCUUAGACCAAGAUACAACAAAGUGAUGUGAAAAUUAGAAGUUGCUUUUCCUUGUGAAAUUAGAUAAUAUUUACACCAUGAAAUAAACAUAAGCUUUGAUAAUA